GCUCCACUCAGCCACCCAACUUGGAUUACUUACAGUACAAACGGAUCUAGCUGCUCUUUAAAAAAUACCAUACGGACUCCAGGGCUGGAUCUUCGUGUGACAGAUAACUGACGAAGAAAGUUGAGGAUCUUCAACCAGACCAGAAAUCUAAAAUCAAAAUGGGCAAUGAAGUGUCAUCUCAUAAAAAGAAAGGACGAAAGGGUAAGGUUCAAAAUGGUGAUCUUAAUGGCCAUGCUGUCGAUGUAUCCUCCAAUGACCCGACUGAAACAGUGACCACCACUGAGGAAACUCUUGACCAGACCUCUCAGUCCCCUACCUUGGCUGUCACAACAAAUGAAGAUCCUUCUCCUGUAGUGGAGGCCACAAGUGCUAGCCAGACUGAUGGAGAAGUUCAGGAACAAUCCAAGGAGCAAUCCAUUGACAAAGCUGCAGCAGAACAAACCGAUGAUGCUGUAUGCGUCACUGAAGAACCAAAGUCACCUGGUGGAAACAAGACCAACUUUUUUGACAAGCUUUUCAACAAAAAGAGUGACACAAAGCCUGUGGAGGUGGAGGUGGAGGUUGACGUAGAAACCCAUUCAGAACAAGUUAUCUCAGCUGACCAAGUUGAUGCAGAGGAGGUAACCAACAACCUACAAUCUGAGCCUGUGGACAUAAAGGACAGUACAGAGCUCGAACUGUCAGAGAGAGAAUCUCUCCACUCUAGUCCAACUGUCACUGAACAGAACCAAUCGGAGGAAAACCCAGUUAUGAACUUUUUUAAAACACUUGUGACUCCAACCAAAACUCCCAAAGAAGCAGCAGCAAGUUCUGAUGUUUCGAAAGAUCAGUCACAGACAGAAACUGCAGCAACAACAGUUCCAGCAAAUGUACAGGAAGCGGAGGCAAAAGGAAAGAUGGCCCCACCUCCCCCACCAGAGCCACUGAAGAUGGAGGGCAAGAGUGAGCCAACAGCUAAGAAAGAGGAGUUACAGGAUGCACCCAAGGAAACAGAGGCAGGCGCCAAACCCAAAUCAACCAAAGAAAGUGCCUUCAGUAAAUUCUUCCGUCCAAAGGCAGUUGAGGAGGCACCAGUUCCUGUGGAGGUAGAGGUAGAGGUAGAGGUAGAGACUGAUGCUUCCAAGGCUGCCACUCUAGAGGCCUGUGCUAAACCAGAACCAGCCCCAGCAGUCAAAGAGGAGGAGAAGAAGGCUGAGAAGAAGCCCUCACCUUUUGCCUUCUUCAAACCUAAAGUAUUGCUAGACCAAGUGACCUCUAAGAUCCAGGCGGUGGCCUCAACUAGUGGAAUCCGUGGGGUUGCUAAGUCAGCGGGACCGGCUGCAGAGCCCACAAAGGACUCUCCUGCUGUGGCUGUCAGCCCCGAGCCCCCCCAGGCUGCAAAGGUCAAAGAGGAGGUGCGAACUGCCCCACCCACUGCCCCACCAGCCCCACCUGCCCCACCACUGGACAAGUCUGUGGAGAGUGCCGAAAGUCCAUCCCCAACUGUGCCCCGCAGAGAAAAGAGGAACUCCAUUCAGCUGUUCUUCAAGAACCUGGGGCAGAAGCGACAUUCUGAUGCAGGAGUGCAAACGGAAGCUGCUGCACCUUCUACAGCUGAGAAGGGCAAAUGAACCUCCAUCUGCCCGUUUGUGUGCCUUAAUGAGAACUUUUGCAUUCAUACAGAUAUAUAUUUAUUAUUUACAUUUUGAUCUGAUACCAUCUUAGGAAUGAAGGUGUUGGGUUUAUGGUUGGUUCAUAUCCAGAGAGUGGAAUUUAAGUGAAAGUGGCAGAAGGUUUUUUUUUCAUCUUUUCACAAAUCAUGAAAUCAUCUUUUUGAAAAAGGCCAUUUACUGUAAAGUGAAAUUGUAGGGACCCAAGUUGAGUGAUGAGUUUUAAUGAUUGUUUUAGGUUUGAGAGAUUUGCAGAAAGUAUGUUGUUUUUGUUCGAAUGUUUCUCUUUUAUAAUAUGACGUGGAGAUACUUUAAAAAAUACUUACACUUUUAAGUUAUCUUGUACAUGCUUCACUGUUUAACAUGGUUAUAAAUAAUUAACAUGAUGAUGUAAGACUGACACACAAUGUGCAUUAAAAUUUUAAUGACAAGAACUAAACAUGUUCUUUGACGUACAUUACAUCGGACAUAAGCACCUGAAAAUACAAUCUUACCAACGCCAUUCCUCAGCGCAUGUUAUUAGCACACAAACUCCCUUAAUGAGGACAUUACAGCCACUUGAAAACACUGGAGCACUUUAUGAUUUAGUUGAUGUUUUGUGGGACUUUUGCCAUUACAUUUGCAAAGCCUUAAAAACCUUCAAGCAGCUCACACAUUUUGAAAACACAUGCCAUCAUAGCUUUGGUAUAGGGUCAGAUAAAUCCCUUUCGGUUUCAGCCAAUCAAAUAACAGCAUGUCUAAACUGGUUUCCCUGGAGAUAUACACUUUAUGAGGACAUGUCGGAAUAAAUAUGACUUUACAACAAAAAUAACACACGAGUUCGCUAAAAUAUUGGUACCAUUUUGUCAUCCCAUGAUAUUGGUAUGGACAUGUCCCUAUGGUUCAUAUACAAACCUACACCCUUGCAUCAUGGUGAAAUGUUUUUCUUUUUGUUUAUAUUUCUGAUGAUUUGCCCAUUUUAGGACUAUAGGCAUUUGGAUGUCGCAUGAUGUGCAGAUCUUCAUGACACCAAAAAUGCUGAUAUCUGUUAAAGCCUGUAAAAUACUGAUGUUGUACUUGACCACCACAUCACUAAAUAAACCAGUGUCUUGUGUCUCUCA